GUAUGAUCGAUCCUGUGAUCUUCUGUAGCAUCGCCGUGGCGCCAAUCUACUACUGUCGGACUCUGGGCGAUCUCCUAAGCCCCAGAUGCUUUGGGCUCCCGGGCGCAGUCGAGACGUCUUCUCAUGUCAGCGAGCGUGGCGCGUGGUAUUCCCACUCCUUAUAUACCGCGUCAUCGUCGACCGUUUUCGCGACCACAGCGAUGUCCUCCCCACUCACGUUCCUCUCCGAGUCGGUCGGUCCCUCGUUAGAUGAAGAGGAGCCUCCGCUGGAUAGUAUCUACGGGGCAUUUCUCAUUGGUAACUUCGUGGGGCUUCUCCUUUACGGAGCGAUCUUGCAUCAAGCCUACCAUUAUGCUCGCACAUAUCCGCAGGAUCAAUUAGCGCUGAAGUGUGUGGUCGUAGCAACAGUGCUCCUGGAAACCUGCUCCAGUAUCUUGGGGAUACACAGCUGCUACUUCUCCCUGAUUUCAAUCCGUUCCCUUCCGCUGAGCGAGGUGCUUACGAUGGGCAUAUGGUCACUCAAUCUCUUCCCCCUCGUGCUGGGACUGGCAAUUGUCACUUCUCAGAGCUUUUUCAUUCGCCGCCUAUGGAUUUUAGGCAGCCGACCGUAUAAAGCUGCUGUCAUCUUCUCGGGCUUGUGCUCAUUGGCAGUGUUGGGACUAUGUACAGCGGCAACUGCGGAGUCGUUCAUUAUCAAUGACGGGGACAAGACCCGACCUACCCUCGCAGAACUUGUCUCGAAGGCAUUUUUACUCGCGCUGAUUGCGGACGGUUCGCUUACCAUCAUGCUCAUCCAUGUGCUGCAUCGUAGUCGCACUGGCAUCAAGAGUACCGACUCUACGAUCAAUAUUUUGAUCAUUUACUCCGUCCGGACAGGUCUGCUCACGGGCGUGUUUGACCUCAUCACCACCAUAUUCGCAUUUGUCCGCCCCGGAGACAAUGUGUAUAUAGCCUUCGGCCUUCCAGGAGCAAGGAUGUACACCAUUACACUUCUGUCUGCACUCAACUCCCGCCAAUGGAUAGCCGACCGCGCUUCGAGCGCGGGGGACGCGUCGGUGUUCGGGACUACCGUGCUCAACCCGAUGGUUUUCUCCCCCAUGCAGAGUGGACAUCGGCCAACACGUUCGGCAGGAUUAGCUACGACGAACUACGACAGCAACGCCAUCGAGCUUGACGUCAUUCCUCAGCCUCGACGUCACACUUCACGACCCCUAGAUGAGAUGGUGAAAUCCGGCUCAUCGUACACACCACAGCACCUCAGGCUCGCAGUAGAAGGCGAUGUAUGAUAACACCUUCAAGCUGGUCUCACAAGCCGCUCACUAAGCAGCUACAACUCGACAAGUUUGUCCGAUACGCAACGAAGCUACACUGCCGCACUCAGUGCCGAGGCUAUAUGCACCCUGG